ACCAACAGUACUCAUGGUCGCCUUCUCAACACUUCAAUGAAGAAAGAUACUCUCCUGCUCCGAGGAAUAUGAAAGGAUUAUCUGGCAGUCGCAACCAACCACAGUUAUGUUCAGCUCAUACUUGUGGCUUAGCAUCCCCUGAAGAUUGUGAACACACCCACGACCAUAUCCACCAUGGGCAGGAGACAAGGCAAUCGUAUCUUCUCAGCCCCACAGAGAGUUGCCCGAUGGACCACCAUCGUUGCUCGCCACGCAGCUCCAUUCAUUCUGAAUGCAUGAUGAUGCCCAUGGUAAUGGGCGAUCACAUGUCAAGUAGCACUUUCCCCAGAAUGCACUACAGCUCACACUACGACUCUAGAGACGACUGCGCCAUGUCUCACGGUAACCCUAAGAUUAACCGUAUUCCUGCAAAUCUUUUGGACCAAUUUGAGAAACAACUUCCUCUUCACCGAGAUGGGUUUCACACUUUACAGUACCAGAGGACCUCAACAGCUGCGGAACAACGCAGUGAGAGCCCAGGAAGAAUACGCCAUCUUGUUCAUUCAGUUCAGAAACUUUUUACUAAAUCUCAUUCUCUGGAAGGAUCAUCCAAGAGCAACGUUAAUGGAACAAAGGGAGACAGUCGAGGGGACGACCAUCAUCAUGGGCACCAUUCCAAGCAUAGCAAAAGGAGUAAAAGUAAGGAGCGAAAACCAGAAAGCAAACAUAAAUCUGGAAUGAGCAGCUGGUGGAGCUCUGAUGAUAAUUUGGACAGCGAUAGCACUUACCGAACCCCUAGUGUGGUAAAUAGGCACCACGCAGAUCAUAUAUCCCAUUGCUACCCUGAGGCACUACAGGGGCAUUUUGGGGAUCUCUCAUUGAAGACUUCCAAAAGUAACAAUGAUGUGAAAUGUUCAGCUUGUGAAGGGCUAGCAAUGACCCCUGAUAGUAAAUAUAUGAAAAGGAGUUCUUGGUCCACGCUUACAGUAAGUCAGGCUAAAGAAGCUUAUCGCAAAUCAUCACUGAACUUAGAUAAGCCUCUGGUUCAUCAGGAAAUCAAACCUUCCUUGAGGCCAUGCCAUUAUCUUCAGGUACCUCAGGAUGAAUGGGGAGGAUACCCAGCUGGUGGGAAAGAUGAAGAGAUCCCCUGCAGAAGAAUGAGAAGUGGAAGCUAUAUUAAGGCCAUGGGAGAUGAAGAAAGUGGAGACUCUGAUACUAGCCCCAAGACAUCACCAAAAUUAACAGUUCGACCAGAGUCAUUAUUAAAAUCCAUUGGACAAAGACCACUGGGAGAUCAUCAAAAUCAGAGCUACCUUCAAACUGCAAGUGACGUGCCUGGGGGUCACAACCUGGAUCCCACUGCAAACUACAAUUCCCCAAAGUUUCGCUCAAGGAAUCAGAGCUAUAUGAGAGCAGUGAGCACGCUCAGUCAGGCCAGCUGUGUUAGUCAGAUGAGUGAAGCAGAGGUUAAUGGGCAAUUUGAAUCGGUGUGUGAAUCAGUGUUUAGUGAAGUUGAAGCUCAGGCAAUGGAUGCCCUUGACCUCCCUGGAUGUUUCCGAACAAGAAGCCACAGUUACUUGCGUGCCAUUCAGGCAGGCUAUUCCCAAGAUGAUGAAUGUAUCCCCGCGAUGACAUCUUCCAACAUCACCUCCACUAUCAGGUCAACCACAGCUGUAACUUACACAAGUUACAAGAAAACACCACCACCGGUUCCCCCUCGUACCACCUCCAAGCCACUGAUCUCAGUCACGGCACAGAGCAGCACAGAAUCCACCCAGGAUGCGUAUCACGACAGCCGGACUCAGAGGAUGUCCCCGUGGCCGCAGGACGGGCGAGGGAUGUACAACUCCACUGACAGUCUGGACAGUAACAAGGCCAUGAAUCUCGCCUUGGAAACUGCAGCUGCGCAGCGCCACGCGUCCGAGAGCCAGAGCACCUCGAUACGAACCAGUGACAAGGCCAUUUUAGUGACAAAAGCAGAGGAGUUUCUUAAGAGUCGACGUUCCUCUAUAGGGAUCCAGGUGGAAACAGCAACUGAUUCGGAUACUGAAAGCAGAGGCCUACGGGAAUACCACUCUGUUGGAAUACAAGUGGAAGAUGAAAAACGACAUGGACGAUUCAAGCGCUCAAACAGUGUAACAGCAGCUGUCCAGGCUGACCUGGAACUGGAGGGCUUUCCAGGACACAUCACCAUGGAGGACAAGGGACUUCAGUUUGGCUCAUCAUUCCAGCAGCACUCAGAGCCCAGCACACCUACUCAAUACAGCGCAGUGAGAACUGUACGGACACAGGGACUGUUCAGUUACAGAGAAGAUUAUAGGACCCCAGUUGACACCUCAAACCUUCCACCACCAGAACCCUGGCUAGAACCAGCCAUUGAGACAGUAGAGACUGGUAGAAUGUCUCCUUGUCGACGAGACGGAUCUUGGUUUAUGAAGUUACUACAUACUGAAACUAAGAGAAUGGAAGGCUGGUGUAAAGAAAUGGAAAGAGAAGCUGAAGAAAAUGAUCUUUCUGAGGAAAUCCUAGGUAAGAUCCGAAGUGCUGUUGGAAGUGCUCAGCUCCUCAUGUCUCAGAAAUUCCAGCAAUUUUAUUGGCUUUGUCAGCAAAAUCUGGACCCGAGUGCCAUGCCGAGACCAACUUCCCAGGACCUAGCAGGUUUCUGGGACUUAUUGCAGCUCUCAAUUGAAGACGUCAGCAUGAAAUUUGAUGAGCUGCACCAGUUGAAGCUCAAUGAAUGGAAAAUAAUAGAAUCACCUGAAAGGAAGGAAGAAAGAAAGGUUCCUCCUCCUGUACCAAAGAAGCCCCCCAAAGGAAAAUUCCCUAUCACAAGAGAAAAAUCUCUGGACCUACCCGACAGACAACGACAAGAAGCUAGAAGACGGCUAAUGGCUGCUAAGAGAGCAGCCUCUUUCCGGCAGAAUUCAGCCACAGAGCGUGCAGACAGCAUCGAGAUAUACAUCCCAGAGGCUCAAACACGGCUUUAAAGACAGAAUGCUGCAGAGUUCCUUUUUUAAACAAAAUGCUUGUACAGUUUGUCAUUUACCUGGUAAUUUUUGUCUUAUUCUCUCCACUAAAUAUGCCCUUGCUGUUGUGUUCUUUGUGCCAUAAGCACAGUGGAAUGCUUUUGAUUUCCUCAGAAUUUGCUGAGCUCACCGCAAGAAUGACUUCUUUUUGUAUUUAUUGUCCGACUUACAAUCAGCUACAAUGGAUAGGGCUUGUUGAGACCUGACUUAUCCAAUAUAUUCUCAGAGGACAACAAGAAACACCUCUUGAGAUGGAACCCAGCUUACUUUUUUGUUAUUUAUAUUUUUAUAAAAUGUGUGAUAAUUAGGGAUAAGAAUAACAAACUAUAAAUGGGUGCAUCUCACCAUUCACUAGAGGCAUUAGCUAAUCCAAGUAGAAGGUGCUACAAAUGUAAAGAGCAGGAAAGAAAGAACCCAUUUCUCUCUCUGACCUCCAGUUUCUUUUCCUAGAACCCAGCUAACAUAUCUACCCAUGUGCUCUGCCACUCUUCUCAUCUUUGUUACCGCAAAAUAAUAUUAGGCCUCUCAUGUCAAGUUUCUGGAGAUGAACAGGGAUAUCCAGCCACUAAAACUCCAAAGUUCAUCAGAAACCGAGAAGCAUGCAAGUCUGGUGGUGGUGGGAAUGCCCACUGAGAAACGUUUGCCGUUAGCAGUAUAACAACUCUCUGAAAAACUAAGCAAAAUUAUAAUGCAAGAGGACUUGAGUGAUGGGUGAAAGGAAAAUGGAAGCCUUAAAAAGUUAGAUCUUCUGUAGCAAGAUGUGUAAAGAAAAAGUUAUACUUGCUCCUUUGGAACACUCAUUGCAUUUUUAACAGUUCUUUUAUGUGUUAACAUUUAUUUUAUAAACCUUCUCUCUUUCAUUUCGAGAGCUGUGCUACAUGUAAUAUUUCAAAAUCUCAACAUUGAGUUUCCAGGGUAUCCUUGAGAAAAAAAAAAAAAUCUUGCUUGUUUAAAAUGCCAGUUGUGAUGUUGUAAACAGUUUAAGAAAUAUGAAUGUGAGUGGUAAGUAUAUCUUAGUUUAAAUGGUUAUGUUAAGGUAAAGGUGAACUGUGGUUUACAGUUGGUUUUUUUUGUUUUUUUUUUUUAGAACUAUUUUUCUAUGCAGUAUCAUUUAUGGCAAGAAUAAAUAUCUUGCUUGCUUCAGACAUAAAAAAAAACCAACAUGACUCAAGAGAUAAGUGAUUUCCAGCCAUGGAAUACAAGGAAAAUAGUAUCUUUUCAAGCCUCACAUUGUUAGAAGAGAGAAGUGGUAACUGCCACAGUCAAGAGGCUCUAAUUUAAAACAAAUUAAGACACAAUUAUUCCACUUCCCCUACCUUCCAGAGCCAACCGAGCAACCCAGCACUUAGAAGUCUUCAGGUGAAGACGCAGUAAGAUGAAUAACCCGCAGCCCCCAGUUCCAAGGUUUGAAUCUUACUGAACACUACUUUAGGUUAAAACAGUCUGAACCCAGUGAGACAGACAGCCCCAACUACUGCACCCCCUAUUUACCUGCUUUAUCAAAUGCAAUGUAUUUAGCCAUAGGCAGAACAGCUAUUUAAUUAUACUCAAGCACUUUGGUUCUUCACCUGAUGAGCACUUUAAAUCUGAAUCCCAUGCACCCUGCAGCCUGAUGGAUGAUUGAAAAGAUGAAGUAUCAUAGGUUAUGCAGAUCUGACAUUGCUUCAAAUCUGUUUUCUUUUCAGGUUUUAUUUUUAUUUUUCCUUCUCUUUUUCCUGCAGUGUGUAGUAUUAAGCAUGAGUUCUGUCUUUGGAGCCCAGCUGAUAAAGCAUGCUUAGCUUCAAGAUAUGAAUCUUUAGAGAUGAAGUUUGAGAUGUUUCUGUGAGAAGAAAACCCUGUAAAUUGAGCCUGGUAUCUGGUAUAUACUUUACCAAAUAGCCUUAAACUAUAUUUGGAAGCAAAAACCAAGACGAAUGUAUACCCUUCAAAAAUGAAAAGAA